UUCAUCUAAGUCGUUGGAUUUGAAUCGUUUGGUAUUCCCCGUGUCCGCCAUUGCUAAUGCUCUGCUCAUGAACCCUAAAACAAAAGCAAAUUCGAUGUGCAUUUGAAAUUGUUGGCACUUCGAAUCACUCGCGAGCUUUGCAAGGUCGCAACAAAGAUAUUAAACGGCGUUUUCUUUUCGAUCCACAUUGCAGCAAACUACUCCGGUUGGGCGUUUUCUUUUCGUUCCCAUUACAUUUACAGCCAAACUCAGAAACACAACAACAAAGGUUCCCAUUACAUAUACAGCAGCAGCAAAUCUACUUCUUCGAUUUCGCUGCUCUCUCUCGUCUAAGAAUCUGGUAAAGUUGUCGUCUUUGAUCUCGGAAUAAUACUUUCCGUUCACGCCCAAAUCGGAAGAAUUGGGAGUAGAGUUCUGCUGAGUUUCAGUCGUCUUUGAUCUCGGAAUAAUAGUUUCCGUUCACGCCCAAAUCGGAAGAAUUGGGAGUAGAGUUCUGCUGAGUUUUAAAGAAACCCCCGAGGAAGUAACGCCACCUUCCAUUGCUCUCAUUCUGGUCCCUGCGUUCCUUCGAUUGCCUCUAUUCCGAAAAGGUUCGAAAUGGUAUCUUCAACAGGUUCUUGAUCUUAUGAUCUUUACGUCUUUAUUCUUCUUCUAGGCAGUAUAAUAUAUCUUAUGUGUUGUUUUCCUAACAUCACAUGAUUUAUUCUUACUUGCUCUUUUGGAUAGAAAAAGACAUUAUUUGGUUGGAUUUCUUUCCAUCCUGAAUUGUAUCUUUUGAUACUUUCUUUCUUCUAAAAAAAAAAAAAAAAAUCCCUAAUCCGUGCAAUGUUCGACGAAAGAAAAUUCGAUGUGCAUUUGAAAUUGUUGGCACUUCGAAUACCUCGUGAACUUUGCAAGGUCGCAACUAAGAUAGUAAAUGGCUAUUUGCUUGAUAAGCCUCGCGUUAAACCAAUUACUGAAGACCCAGCAUGUGAAAAGAACCGUUACAUGAUAUUGUCUGAAAGGGUCCAAAAUUCUGAUUUAUCUGAUAUUCCUAAUGACACAAUCAACGAACUGAGUGGAUUAUGCAAGAUUGAUGUAGUUCCGUAUUCAUUAACUCUCGGAUACUCAUAUUGGGGGGCAGAUCAUAUUUUGAAACAGAUAUUGCCUCCUGGAGUCGAGGUCCCGUCAUCUUUUGAAACGAUAGGUCACAUUGCCCAUUUGAAUAUACAUGGUGAAUUACUUCCCUUCAAGGAUGUUAUUGCAAAAGUCAUCUACGAUAAAAAUUAUCCAAGAAUCAAAACCGUUGUUAAUAAAGUUGGAACAAUUACAAAUGAGUUCCGUGUGCCCAAAUUUGAAGUUCUAGCUGGGGAGAAUAAUAUGGUCACAGAAGUGAAGCAAUACGGAUCGACUUUCAAGCUUGAUUAUGGUUUGGUUUAUUGGAAUUCGAGAUUGGAACAUGAACACAUUAGGUUGGUUUCUCAAUUUCAAGCAGGGGAAGUCAUUUGUGACAUGUUUGCCGGUAUUGGUCCUUUCGCCAUUCCUGCAGCACAGAAAGGAUGCAUUGUGUACGCAAAUGAUUUGAAUCCAGAUAGUAUUCGUUAUCUGAAGAUUAAUGCCGAAGUAAACAAAGUUGAUGGUUAUGUUUGCGCUUACAAUACUGAUGCUAGAGAAUUCAUUUCUCAAAUGAUGACAGUGCCCAAACUUGAGAUAGAAUUGAACGACAACACCGCUAUUCUAAAAUCAUGUGAGCAGCAACAGGACAAGAUAACCAAUCAGGAUAUGGAAUCAGCUGUUGAGGUGAAAGAACCACCAAACGGUGUUGUGAAUAAAGUGGAGAAUAUGGAAGGCUCUGGUAUUAGUGGAGAUGCAUCAGUAGCUUCAGUCAAAAGACCUUCAGAUGAUUGUCAAGCAGAGAAUGGAAGCGCACGCGGGAAUACUUCUCCCGCUAGUAGGAGAAAAGGAAAUAAGAAUAAGAAAAUGCGAGGCUCUGAGAUUGCCGCUACUAAGACUUGGGAGCAUGUUGAUCAUAUCAUAAUGAAUCUACCUGCUUCUGCUCUUCAAUUUUUAGAUGCAUUUAGAGGUCUAAUCCAGAGAAAAUAUUGGAAGGGAGAUCUUCCAUGGAUUCACUGCUAUUGCUUCAUGCGGGCACAUGAAACCCAAGAACAUAUUUUCUCAGAAGCGGAGGCUGCCUUGGGUGCCUCUAUACAAAAGCCAAUAUUUCAUAGGGUCAGGGAUGUUGCUCCAAACAAGGCAAUGUUUUGCUUAAGCUUCAGGCUGCCAGAAUCUUGUUGUCAUGAAAAUGUCUCCAAUGCCUCGGAGCGAUGAGCAUUCACGAAUCUCCUUGCCUUGGUGGUGAUUGCGGUUGACGCUUUCUCAUGCACCGGCUCUGAAAAGCGAAGGGUUUUAUAUUCCUACGACUAAGAAGAGCGGCGUACGUGGAAAAUGGAAAUAUCAACUGAUGCAAAACUCAAGUGCCUAAUUUACACAGGGAACUAGAAAGCAAUUAAAUUAACAGUUCACCGCUUUUCAAUUUGUAACUCAUGUUGCUUAAUACGAGGGACAGUUUUGACUGAUCAGCUAAUCAAUCUUUCUCCCAUUAUCCCUGUUCAAUGGCGGCUAAAAAUAUUAGCUCAUAAGAUUGCGUAAUGAAAAAGGAUUGGUCUCUCUCUCUCUUACAUAUGAAUGGCAGUGCAUAUCUAGCACUAAUGGCAAAACAUUUGUAUAUUAUAUGUCAAUACACAUGAAAGUAGUUCAUA